UGACUUGUUUCUGCUACGGAGCAAAACCACAGUAACGUUACCGCGAAGUCGCCGUAGCUAGGCAACGCCUGCAGGCAGCGCGUGCGAGACCGUUUAUUGUUUACUCGUACGUUAAACCGGCGGACCAAGUAAACAGCAGAUGGCAGUGUUAUGGCAGGGAGGAAGCGGGGGACCCGUCCUGGAUGUGAUGCUGAACAAUGAGGCUUUACAACGGUGAAAUAUCCUGCAUGGAGCCGAGACAGAUGCUGCCGCCGCCGCCGAGGAGACAUGGACGCGAGGUAACGUUGCCAGCCCACCACCCCGCCGCUGAAAGCCACUUCGGGCGAUUUCGUUGCGCAAUACCUGAAUCGAUAUAUUAGCCAGCGUGAAGUGAACUGCCGAUACCCGCCGUGCUCUGUGUUCAUUGACGCUCAUGGCGGAGUUUACGGAGAACUGCGGGCUGCUCUCGCCGACCGCUGGGGAGAAAGCGGGCGAGGAGGACGGCAAGACUCAGCGAGAGGUGUCGGUGUCAAACGGAGACUGCGGGGGACUUUCGGCGGACGUGGUCGGCUCUGCUGGAGCCGAUAGGCAGGGACUUGAGGCGGCUACCACAUCUGUCGUGUUGGACCCCAAAUCCGGAAUACCUCGAAGGACCAGUAUCAUCAAGGAUGGCUCACGGCAGCGGAAAGAAAGGAAGAAAACCGUCUCCUUCAGCAGCAUGCCCACGGAAAAGAAGAUCAGCAGUGCGAGUGACUGCAUUAACGCCAUGGUGGACGGCUCAGAGUUGAGGAAGGUGCGAUCCAACUCCAGGGUGUAUCAUCGGUACUUUCUCCUAGAUGCUGACAUGCAGUCUCUUAGGUGGGAGCCAUCAAAGAAGGAGUCAGAUAAAGCCAAGAUUGAUGUGAAGUCCAUUAAGGAAGUGCGAACUGGUAAGAACACCGACACGUUCAGGACCAACGGCAUUUACGACCAGAUUUCCGAGGACUGCGCAUUCUCCGUUAUUUAUGGAGAAACCUACGAGUCUCUGGAUUUGGUUGCGAACACAGCCGAUGUGGCUAACAUAUGGGUGACUGGGCUCAGGUACCUGAUAUCCUAUGGAAAGCUUACGCUAAACAUGAUUGAAAGUACUCAGAAUAGCUUGCGCUCUUCCUGGCUCGGGGAUCUCUUUGACGAAGAUGACGUCAGCGGCAACAAAAGCCUCAGUCUUUGUGCUGCCGUACAGUCGAUCAAAAAGUUGAAUCCUGGACUGAAAAACGUCAAAAUUGAACUCAAACUAAAGGAGUUGCACAAAGCUAAAGACAAAAUGGGAUGUGACGUUACUAAGGAAGAGUUUAUUGAGGUCUAUCAUGAUCUUUGCACAAGACCAGAAAUCUACUUCUUGCUUGUUCAGUUCUCUAGCAACAAAGAGUUUCUCGAUAGCAAGGACUUGAUGAUAUUUUUAGAGGCAGAGCAAGGCAUGGCCCAGGUGAGUGAAGAGACAAGCUUGGAGGUUAUUAAGCAGUAUGAGCCAUCCAAAGAGGGGCAGCUCAAAGCCUGUCUCUCCCUAGACGGAUUUACAAACUAUCUUAUGUCAAACGACUGCCACAUUUUUGAUCCGGAACAAAAAACAGUCUGCCAAGACAUGAACCAGCCUAUUUCUCACUAUUACAUCAACUCUUCUCACAAUACCUACCUGAUCGAGGACCAGUUCAGGGGUCCAUCGGACAUUACGGGCUACAUCCGUGCCCUAAAGAUGGGGUGUAGAAGUGUGGAACUAGAUGUUUGGGAUGGGCCUGACAAUGAACCGGUCAUUUACACUGGCCAUACUAUGACCUCGCACAUUGUCUUCCGUAGCGUUAUCGACAUCAUAAACAAAUACGCCUUUGUGGCGUCCGAAUUCCCCCUCAUUCUGUGCUUGGAGAAUCAUUGCUCCCUAAAGCAGCAGAGAGUAAUGUUUCAGCACCUCAAAAAAAUCCUUGGGGACAAAAUUCACAGCGACCCACCCAGACCUGAAGACAAUUACCUGCCAUCCCCCAAUGAUUUGAAAGGCAAGAUUCUUUUGAAAGGAAAAAAGCUGCCCAACACCUGCAACAGCUCCGAGGGCGAAGUGACUGAUGAGGAUGAAGGGGCAGAAAUGUCUCAGCACAUGAGCAUAGAUGGAGGAGAACAACAAACUGUUGCUCAGCCUAAGAAGUUUCAGCUGUCCAAAGACCUCUCUGACCUGGUGACCUUGUGUAAAUCCAUUCAGUUCAAAGACUUUCCUACAGCAUUCCAGAACCAGAAGCAUUGGGAACUUUGCUCAUUCAAUGAGGUUUUUGCUAGCAGAUGCACCACUGAUUACCCUGGAGAAUUUGUCAAUUACAACAAGAAGUUUCUAACUAGGGUUUACCCUAGUCCGAUGCGAAUUGAUUCAAGCAAUAUGAACCCUCAGGACUUUUGGAAGUGUGGCUGCCAGAUUGUGGCAAUGAACUACCAAACUCCAGGUCUGAUGAUGGACUUGAACAUUGGCUGGUUCAGACAAAACGGCAACUGUGGCUAUGUGCUUCGCCCUGCCAUAAUGAGGGAGCAGGUGUCUUAUUUUAGUGCCAAUACUAAGGACUCAGUACCCGGAGUGUCUCCACAGCUUCUUCACAUAAAGAUCAUCAGUGGACAAAAUUUCCCCAAACCCAAGGGCUCAGGUGCCAAAGGUGAUGUCGUAGACCCCUACGUAUAUGUAGAGAUCCAUGGCAUUCCUGCCGACUGUGCUGAACAAAGGACUAAAACUGUCAAUCAGAAUGGGGACAACCCCCUUUUCGACGAAAGUUUUGAGUUUCAGAUUAACCUUCCUGAGCUGGCCAUGGUACGCUUCGUAGUUCUGGAUGAUGACUACAUAGGGGACGAAUUCAUUGGCCAGUACACUAUUCCUUUUGAGUGUCUACAACCAGGAUUUCGACACAUACCACUUCAGUCAUUGACUGGCGAGCUGCUUCCUCAUGCUUGGUUGUUUGUCCAUGUGGCCAUCACCAACCGACGUGGCGGGGGCAAGCCUCACAAAAGAGGACUCUCGGUCCGCAAGGGCAAAAGGAAUCGGGAGUAUGCCAGCAUGAGGAUACUGCUCAUCAAGGCUCUCGAUGAAGUUUUUAAGACUGCCACACAGCCUCUUCGAGAAGCUACUGAUCUUCGAGAGAACAUGCAGAAUGCAAUAGUGUCGUUUAAAGAGCUCUGCGGUUUGUCUGCGGUGGCGAACCUGAAGCAGUGCAUCUUGGCCCUGUCCUCCCGGCUCCUCGGUGCAGACAACAACCCAGUAGUGCUGUUCAACCUCAAGGACCAGUACCCCGUCGUAGAGGCCCAGGGGCUGCUGCCUGAUGUCCUCAAAAAGGUGGUCACUGCGUAUGAGACGAUGAUCCAGACAAGUAGGACGUUGCUGGAAAACUCUGAGAGUGUUUACGAGAGGAUACUCCAGGUCCAGAAAGCAGCGAUGGAGUUUCACGAGAAUCUCCACGAUAUGGCAGUGAAGGAGGGUCUGAAGGGUAGAAAGCUGCACAAAUCAGUGGAGAGCUUCACCUGGAACAUCACCAUCCUCAAGGGUCAGGCGGACCUGUUGAAACACGCACGGGCCGAGGUGCUGGAGAACCUGAAGCAGGUACAUUAUGCCGCGCUCACCUGCAACCUGGCCAAGGGUGGCCCGUCGACGACCCCGUCCACAGGCUCCGACUCCAGGCCCCGACGCAGCCUGGAGGCAAUCCCGGAGAAGGCCGUAGGGGAGGAGGACAUCAGCGAUGAAGAGGAGAACUAAAGGGCUUUGUUGUUGCUUUUACAAGCCCCAAAUCCCUGAACCCAGAUACCAGUCGCUCCCUCCUAAACCUGCAUUGGUUUGAAAGGAGCAAAGCGGUUAGUGGUCAAGCUGUACGUGGCCCACAAGCCAAGUUUUGAAGGGAUAGUGUUGUAAUACAGGAGCAAUGGCCUUAAACUCCGCCAAGAUGUCCUUUAAUGUCUCCGCCCACACUUUUUUUCAGUGUUUCAUACUUUUGAGGCAAACUGCCUGAACUUGCGGUGGAUCCCAAACCAUAAACCCAUGCUACACCAGAUAUGUCCUGACUCUGCCUGUCCCUGCCCCCAAAUCCCAGGGCCUGUGAAUUGCUGUGCUAGUAUUGAUGUGACAAUGACAGGAUUCCCUGCGUUGUCCUAAAGAUGUGCACUUACGGAGCCUCCCUCCAUGACCGCCUAUAAGCACAAAAAUGGUUUUCGAGGACCCGAAACUGGAGCCAAGAAUGAUUAGCGAGUGAAAGAUAGAGUACAAGAAAGAGAGAGAGAGAGAACAAAUGAGCCGAGCUGUUUACAAUAACGAACUAAUUUGUGUUGCGUCUGCCGAAAUAGCUUGUAUAUACAACAUAAAUAUAUAUAAAUAUAUAUAUAUGGAGAUCUGUUACCUUUUUUUGCUAUGUGCACCGUUUUAAUUGAUGAGAUUUAUUUUGUUAAGAGAAAAUGGCUUUUAAUAUUUUAUUUGUGUGAAGGGUGGGCAGAAGUGGGCUGAUGGACAUGGCCAGUUGGUCAGCCCCAAGUUCUGCAAUAGGUGUUUUUUUUGGUUGGUUGUUUGUUUGUUGUUUUUGUUUUUAAAUUUUCUAUGGAGAGUGAAUGUAAGUGAGUCUUUAGAUGGAAUAUACUGUACCUUUCAAAUACAACCAGCAGCAAACUGUACGUGUGAACGAGAGAAGAAAGAAGCUCCUGGAUAUUUUAAAGGACACAGUUACGCUUCUAAAUCAUUCCUGGAAAAAAAAAAAAAAAAUAGUAAAUCUAUUUAUGGAUACUGUUAAACAUGAUAGUGCCUCGUUGCUGACGAUUUUUGUCUAUUGGUGGGGUGGGAAGGGUUUGCUAGAGAGAAACCUGAUUCCUCUGCCUGUUUGGCUAAAGCUAAGCCUGCCCAGUGCCAACCUGCCAGUUCAUCGCUUCUAGUUGGUUAGUAUUCAUCUCCAACUCGCCCCAUCGAUCGUCUCACCGUGCCGAUCUACUGUUGGACCCAGUGAACCACUUCCAUCAGAUUUUACAGCUUCUUACCAGAGAUUUAACUGGACAUUUGAAGAAAAAAGGAAAAAAUGUUGUUUCAUACAUUUCAGUGCUGUAACAGUUUGUGCAUUUUUAAGCGUAGUGAACCAUUUAUACCAGUUGGGGGGAUAGUUUCAAAUACCGGAUUUGUUUUACUCCGUUAAAAACCCAAAAGCUCUGAAAUAAACUACGUCGAAUACAUUCUCUUAA